UUUUUUUUUUUUUUUCCCGGUUAAGGUCAAAGGCCAAAGAGAAGGGCCUAGAGCGAUAGAGAGGGGUUUAUUUUGUCAAAUUUGACAAUUUGUUUGUCAGUUACACGCUGACACAUGGGACUAAUGAAUGAAGAAAUAAAGAUGCAAUCUUUUUCAAUAAAGAUGUAAUCUUUUUUCCUCGCAAAACCGGUGAUCCAAAAAUGGUCUGAAACCUAACUUACUUCAAUCUUAUUAUUAUUAUUAUUAUUAUUAUUAUUAUUAUUAUUAUUAUUACGUUUUGUUACCAAAAAAUCUUCAUUUUUUUUUUUUCGUUCUAUAUUUUUUUUGGUGGAGAGGGGUUUUGUUUUGGAAUUAGGGUUGGUGUGGGGAAAGAGUGUGGGUUUGUAGGAAAUCCGAGUGUUAUUACUUUUUGGCGUUUAGGGGUGGUGUUGGAGGUGGUAGUUGGGUGAAGCCAAUGCCAUUGCAGAAGAAUUGGAAGGACUCUUGGUUGGUUUUCCAAGUUCCCAAUAGUAACCAUGUCUUGGACUGGUGCAGAGGACGUUUUUCUUUCCACUUCGCUUGCAAGCUAUCUUGACAAGAAACUUCUUGUCUUGUUACGAGAUGGUCGAAAGCUCUUGGGGUUACUACGAUCUUUUGAUCAAUUUGCUAAUGUUGUUCUUGAAGGUGCGUGUGAACGAGUUAUUGUUGGUGAUCUUUACUGUGAUAUCCAAUUAGGUCUGUAUGUGAUCCGUGGGGAGAAUGUUGUCUUAAUCGGCGAGCUGGACUCGGAUAAGGAGGAGCUUCCCCCACAUAUGACUCAGGUGUCAGAAGCGGAUAUAAGAAAGGCUCAGAAAGCAGAAAAGGAUGCUACAGAUCUGAAGGGAACUAUGAGAAAAAGAAUGGAGUUCCUUGAUUUUGAUUAAGUUAUCCUCACAAUGUCAAGAUGGAUUUAUGCUGUGCGUAUGUUAGUCCAGUGGUUAGCCAAGGUGGAAAGAGGGUAUGAUUCCGGACCAGAUUUUUGCCUCUAGAGGAGCAGGAGCCAAAAAGAAAAAGGGUAAAAAGUUUUAACAAUUUUGAGGAUUUGGAUUUACUGAACUUGGGAAAGGGAAGUUAAAAGUGUUGGGUCUCUAGGCAAUUAUUAUAAUUUCCUUGUUUUGCUGGUGCAUGUGUAUUUUACUUUCUACAUGCAAUUGAUUUGGUUGGGUCCUAUGGGUUGGGACGAUGUUUUGUUCCUCCUGUCUAAUCUCUUCUGGACAUACUUUGUUUGGGGUUACUGCUGUGGAGCCGCAUUUUUUGAUGGCGCAGUCAGGUUUAAUUUGUUCUGUAAGAUGACCAUUUGUUUUGAUGUGUAUUAAAAUUUACAAAGAUCAUGUUAUUUCGGUAACCA